ACUGUGAGCUCAGGAUGGAUGCUUGCGUGCCCUCCCUGUGCCUGGACCACAAAUACUGCAGUGUGACGUCCCCCCUGUCUACACUCUCCUGCCACAGUCUACUUACACAGUGUGGCUGUACUGCUCCUGGACACCCAUGUGUGACCACUCAUCAAGCCACCCACAGCCGCCAAUGUUCACUAACCAGUCCCUAUCCUCAUUACACUAGUGUGACUUGUAGAAAGAUGACCGUCUCCCCCACAUUUUCAUGUCUAACUUCAAUAAUUAAGCGAGAAACUGUACUGGCCCGAAGAGACCCGGAUGGAUUCUACUAUCUCGGUGUGGUGAUACAAGAGGAAGAAUCUGGAGCGUUCCUAAUUGAAUUUACCAAACCGUGUGUGGAUGGAGAGCGUUUCCCCGCCAUUCUCCAGAAAACAAGUGUGUGUGACAUCAUCCAGCAUGAGGAGGCGCUGAGACACUGCAUUGUGCCAGGGGACAACGUGUUAGCUCCCUGGGAACCGCAGCUGAUCAGAUAUGGACCAGGGACGGUCAUUCUGGGCUUGGAGACGAGGGACCCCCUGAGAGCCACCGAGGAUGAGGAGCUGAUGAUCAGUUUCUGGAAUGGCAAAAAAUCAACAGUCCCGCUCCGGGUGGCCGUGUGGAUCUCGCCAACGGUUUACCACAGGAUUGUAGACGCCUUUCACCGUCCAAUCGGCAGACGAUUGUCCACCCAGGUCACAGCACAGAGCAGCACGACGUAUGUCAUCCGUGACCGCUGCGCCGCAGUGCCGAUCCCUGUGUGCUCCGCCGACCACUUCCACAAACACAGAUGGAACCAUUAUCACAGCGUCCACCCACAUCUCCCCCACUGUCCCUGCUGCUGCUUCCCCACCCGCUCCGGAUGUACCUGCUGCCAUGACUCCAAAUGUCAGGACUGGUGGUCCCUGUCACCCAGGACCACCGUCUACAUCCAGGGGAUGAAGGAGCCGGGCAAUGCAGAAUUAUACUCAUCCAGGAAGAUGAAAGCAGACAGCCGCAGGCAGAGUGGACGUCACUUCUCCUCCUCCUCCUCAUCGUCUGAGCCUGGAGGUGAGGAGUCUUUGGAUGAUGAGAGUGAUGAUGAGACAAGUCGGACCCCGCAGAGUACAAUGGUGGACAGCGCCGUGAACACGGACUCCAGUCUGUGGGAGAAGCCAAGCCUGGACAUUAGUGACCGCCCUGAAUGGAAAUAUUGGAAGAGGAGCCAACCAGAGCCCUUCUACCGAAAGCCAGGAAUAAUCAAAUCAAAGAAUAAAUUGACGUCAGAUCUGAGGGCCGCGCUGUCUGAUACGGUCGGGUCAUCCAACCAAAGCUCCUUAUUCGAAACCAUUUCAGAAUCACCGGUCAGACGCUUAACCAUGAAAGACGUUCUGGUUCAUACGGAUUUUAACCUUUCCCAAAAUGUACAAUCGCCCCCCGCGGGUGAACGUCUUGGGGAGUCAGACGCCAUUACACUGCGGGAGAAGCAGGAGAAGCAGAAACGUCAACACAAGAAGAAAAUGAAACAUCUAGAAUGGGAGCGAAAGAGGGAAGAUGAGGCCGGCCAGAAAUCCAGUGACCAGCAGGAGGCGCACAGGCUGAAAACCCUUCGCCGUCUACAGAACGAGGAGCAGAAGCUGAAGGACAAACAAGCCCGAAAUGUGACCAGUAUGAAGGCCAAGAUGGCUGCACACGAGGAGCGCAGCGAGCGCCACCAAACCUUAGCUACUGAGGAUAAGAAGAAGGAAGAGCACAGGCUGGGCCACCUGAGGAGGGUCCGGGAGAGGAUCGACCAGAAGGAAUUCGAGAAGUGUGUGGCCAAUGAGCAGCGAGAAAGGAAUCACAUGGAGGCGCAGAGCCGAAGACUUCAGGAUCAUUACAAAGAAGUGGCUGAAAGAGUCCUCCAAGCAGAGCAACGAGGAGGGCGAAGCGGACACCGCAGAGAGCAGCUUAUGGAGGAGUAGAGGCCGCAUAGAGGGGGUCAGAGGGAGUCAUAGAGGGGGUCAGAGGGAGUCAUAGAGGGGGUCAGAGGGAGUCAUAGAGGGGGUCAGAGGGAGUCAUAGAGGGGG